UCAAUCAAUGAGGACACAAACACGGACACUUUUUCUCCUCUAUAAAUGAACUUAAAAGAAAUAAUAAUGACGCGUAGUCGAAUAUAAAUAUAUAUUCAUUCCAACCAGAAACUACUACGUAUUAGUGAUGAUAUAAAAACAAAAUAUGUGUGGGGGUGUCCCCCUCCCCCGUCCUUUAAGCAGGCCACUCAUAUGUUUGUGUCCCAUUGCGGGUGAGAGAGGAGGGUGAGGCUGUGAAAAGAGGGAGACAAAAGAGGCUGCGCUUGUAUUCAAUGCGCCGCUGCCGCAAAACCUGCAAGCAACACAGACACUCUCUCCUCUUCAGCCCGCACGGGAACUUUGGACACUUUUUGCGCAGCAAGACGACCGGUAGAGGACCACCGGAGGAAGGGCUCUCAUAGACCGAGCAGAGGACCGGAGGAAGGGCUUUCAUAGUCCGAGCAGAGGACCGGAGGAAGGGCUCUCAUAUACCGAGCAGAGGACCGGAGGAAGGGCUCUCAUAGACCGAGCAGAGGACCGGAGGAAGGGCUCUCAUAGACCGAGCAGAGGACCACCGGAGGAAGGGCUCUCAUAGACCGAGCAGAGGACCGGAGGAAGGGCUCUCAUAGACCGAGCAGAGGACCGGAGGAAGGGCUCUCAUAGACCGAGUAGAGGACCGGAGAAGGGCUCUCAUAGACCGAGUAGAGGACCGGAGGAAGGACUCUCAUAUACCGAGCAGAGGACCGGAGGAAGGGCUCUCAUAGACCGAGCAGAGGACCGGAGGAAGGGCUCUCGUAGACCGAGCAGAGGACCGGAGGAAGGACUCUCAUAUACCGAGCAGAGGACCACCAGAGGAAGGGCUCUCAUAGACCGAGCAGAGGACCGGAGGAAGGGCUCUCGUAGACCGAGUAGAGGACCACCGGAGGAAGGGCAGACCGAGUAGAGGACCGGAGAAGGGCUCUCGUAGACCGAGUAGAGGACCACCGGAGGAAGGGCUCUCAUAGACCGAGCAGAAGAUCGGGCGCUCCUCCUCCCUGCCCCCCCCCCCGCCCCCACCGGCCUCAAGCGUGGAGAGCUGGGCGGCGGUGCUCCGGGAAGAACCGCAGCCAGAACAAAGGAGGCGAGCGGAGCGGAGCGCAGCUUCCACCUCGUUAUUCCUCCCUUCUCCCAAAACAGGACCAAUGUAUCAGUAAAAAAACAAAAACCCCCACAACAACAACAACAACAACCGAGUAUUCGUCCGUCAAGCUUACCGAGGAGACAAGAAGGACAAGACCCGCGCAGAGACGCACGUUGGCGGCCAGGAUGUUCCCUCAAAAUCGACCACCGGACAAUGCCCUCGUUUGGGGGAGGGGUUUGCUAAUGGCCACAACUGCUCCUCUGCAGCCACCCCCGGGGUCCUCGGCCUCUGUGGUGGCGGCCGCUGCAGCAGCAGCCGCCGCCGCGUCGGGGACCGCCCAGUCGCUGAAACUGACAUACCCAGAGACUUUGGACCGCAUCAAGGAGGAGUUCCAGUUCCUGCAGACCCAGUACCACAGUUUGAAGCUGGAAUGUGAGAAAUUGGCCACAGAGAAGACGGAGAUCCAGAGACACUACGUUAUGUAUUACGAGAUGUCCUACGGACUCAACAUUGAAAUGCACAAACAGACGGAGAUUGCCAAGCGGUUGAAUGUGAUCUGUGCUCAACUCAUCCCAUUCCUGUCACAGGAGCACCAACAACAGGUGGUCCAAGCCAUGGAGCGCGCCAAACAGGUGACCAUGGGGGAGUUAAAUGCUUCUAUAGGGCGAGGCCCCCUUCAGCCCACUCCACCACAAGUCACCCGCCUCUCUCCUCCUCCUCCUCUGCAGCAGCAGCUCCAAGCCCAGCACCUCUCCCAGCAUGCACAGGGUCUGUCGGUGGGCCCGCACCCGUCAGGACUCUCCCACCCGGGGCUGGCGCUGGGCGGAGGCUCGGGUCUGCUGGCCUUGUCGGGGGCCCUGGGGGCCCAGUUGGCCGCCAAGGACGAGAGGGCUCACCUGGAGGCCGCCGCCGCCGCCGCAGCCGCCGCGGAGCAUCACAGAGACCGGGAAGCAGGACCAAGCUCGCUGUCCAAUGGGGACAAAGGUCGCCCUGCAGAUUACCUCAGCAACGGCAAGAAGAGGAAAGCGGAGGAGAAGGAGUUCAUGACUGACUAUGGCAGCGACGCCGAUAAAAGCGACGAUAACUUGGUGGUGGACGAGGACCCCUCGUCCCCCCGCAGCGUCCAGUCCUACUCCUCCAGGGAGAACGGUUUGGACAAGAUGGCGCCCUCCCGCAAGGACGGCCCCCCGCUGGCCAGCCCCACCUCCCUGGCGUCGUCCAGCAGCGCCGCCUCGCCGUCCCGCGGCAAGGAGCCCACGCAGAGAGAGAAGUCCAGCACCCCCGGCAUGAAGCCCGGCACCCCCAUGUCACAAGAGUCCAACACCCCCGGACCCAGCGGACCGCCACAGUUCAGGCCCAUCCCUGGCAAGCCGGGUGUGGACCCCUUAGCUCUCGGCCUGAGGAACCCCUUGGCCGUGCAGGGGGCGUACCCCCCGGGUGCUUUCGGUCUGCCUCCCCCCGGGGUCAACGGGGACCUUCCUGGGGCGGCGGGCUACGGCGCCGGCCUCCAUUUGGUUUCUCCGCAGAUGAAUGGAGCGGUGGCGGCGGCGGCGGCGGCUGCCGGGUACGGACGCUCCCCAGUGGUGGGUUAUGAAUCCCCUCACCCGCACAUGAGGGUACCCGGGCUGCCCGCCGGCCUGCAGUCGGCCGCCGCCGGUAAACCGGCCUACUCCUUCCACGUGAGUGCAGACGGGCAGAUGCAGCCGGUGCCCUUCCCCCCCGACGCCCUGCUGGGCCCGGGCAUCCCUCGCCACGCCCGGCAGAUCCACAGCCUGAGCCACGGCGAGGUGGUGUGCGCCGUCACCAUCAGCGCCUCCACGCGCCACGUCUACACGGGAGGCAAAGGCUGCGUCAAGGUGUGGGACAUCAGCCAGCCCGGCACCAAGAGUCCCAUGGCCCAGCUCGACUGUCUGAACCGAGACAACUACAUCCGAUCCUGCAAGCUGCUCUCAGACGGGCGCACCUUGAUAGUGGGGGGCGAGGCCAGCACGCUGUCCAUCUGGGAUCUGGCCACGCCCACCCCUCGCAUCAAGGCGGAGCUGACGUCGUCGGCCCCGGCCUGCUACGCCCUGGCCAUCUCGCCCGACAACAAGGUGUGCUUCUCCUGCUGCAGCGACGGCAACAUCGUGGUCUGGGACCUGCACAACCAGACCUUGGUCAGACAGUUCCAGGGCCACACGGACGGAGCCAGCUGCAUCGACAUCUCCAACGACGGCACCAAGCUGUGGACGGGAGGACUGGACAACACGGUGCGCUGCUGGGACCUCCGGGAGGGACGGCAGCUGCAGCAGCAUGACUUCACCUCCCAGAUCUUCUCUCUGGGUUAUUGUCCCACUGGAGAGUGGCUGGCUGUGGGGAUGGAGAGCAGCAACGUGGAAGUCCUGCACGUGUCCAAGCCUGACAAGUACCAGCUGCACCUUCACGAGAGCUGUGUUCUCUCACUCAAGUUUGCAUACUGCGGGAAAUGGUUUGUAAGCACCGGCAAAGACAACCUGCUGAACGCAUGGCGGACACCUUACGGCUCCAGCAUAUUCCAGUCCAAGGAGUCGUCGUCGGUGCUGAGCUGCGACAUCUCCCCCGACGACCAGUUCAUCGUGACGGGGUCCGGGGACAAGAAGGCGACCGUGUACGAGGUCAUCUACUGAAGGGGGCGCCUCCCAAAGCAGUGGGCGGGGCUUCGCACAGGGCAUCGUCGUCACGGCGACGAGACACUCCGCUACUUUUUGUUUGAACAAAUUCCGAGAGACUCCAAAAGAGGCGCUGGUUAGAGUGCGAGUGUGGGAUUCCUCCAAAGAUGUUUCUUCUUCUUCUUCUCGACAAAAUAAAACCUCGGUAGUGGACAAGAAAUUAGGACAAAAACAAGCUUAUUUUUGUAGCCUUUUUUUAUUUGAUUGAUUUUUGGCCCCACGAGGAGGCGGGACAACGAAGCCUCCUGUGCUUUAGCAACAUGAUUGUAUGUUCUUGUGGAGCAGCAAGUCUUUGCUGCUGCUGCUGGCUGCUUUUCUAGUCUUUGCUGCUUUGUCAACCUUGGAUGUGUAAAUAAAGUUCUCAAAGGCAGAAUGUUGACCUUCAUUCGGGAAGAAAAACCUCACAUCACCACACUCUACUGCCAUCUGGUGGCUAAAGUGGAUUCGUCACGUUUCACUUGCAUUUUCAGGCCG